GGUGAUGACGCAACUGCACACUAAUAGAUGUUAAGCCCUAAAAACGGCCACAUGAAAGACGAGAGACGUCUUCCCCCUGAGCAGCAGGAUUGGAACUCCAGGAUGGAACACAUUAAAGAAGAAGAGGAGGACAAUGGUCCACAACUCCCCAGUAUUAAAGAGGAAAAGGAGGAGUCCCGGUCUCCACACAUUAAAAAGGAGGAGGAGCCACAGCUCCUCAACCUUAAAGAAGAAGAAAAGGAGCCACAGACCCCCCACAUUAAAAAGGAAGAGGAGGAUCACAGCAUCAGUCAGGAGGGAGAGCAUCUCGAAGGCCUGGAGGGGUUCCCAGUGAUUGGUGUCGCUGUGAAGAGUGACGAUGAUGAAGACAAAGGUGAAAGUGAGGAGAAGAGAGAGUUGGAGCCUCCAAGCAGCAGCUCAACUCAACACAUGACAACAGAAGCUGAUGGAGACCACUGUGGAGGAUCACAAGCACACAACCUCUUAGCUCCACUAUCAGAUAGUGACGACAUAACGUCACACUCUUCUGACACUGAUGACGAAGACUCGAAUGCUGAUAUGACAUGUCACACUGACAACACACGCUGGAAAUGCUCUCAAUGUGACAAAACUUUUGUUAGCAAGGGAAAUCUGAUAAGACACCGGAGACUUCACACUGAAGAGAAACGUUUUCCCUGCUCAGUUUGUGGUAAAACAUUCUUUCUCCUGUCAAAUUUGCAAGUACACAUAAGAACUCACACUGGAGAGAAACCUUAUCCUUGCACGGUGUGUGGGAAAAGAUUCUCUCGGCGGUCGAAUUUGACCAGACACACAAAAAUACACACUGGCGAGAAAGCGUUUCCAUGCACGGUAUGUGGUAAAAGAUUCUCUCGGCGGUCGAAUUGGAACGCACACACAAACACACACACUGGAGAGAAACCUUUUCCUUGUACAGUGUGUGGUAAAAGAUUCUCUCAAACAAGUGAUUUAAAAAAACACACAAGACUACACACGGGAGAGAAACCUUUUCCUUGCACGGUGUGUGGUAAAAAAUUCACCCGAAAAAGUGAGUUAAAAAGACACACAAGAAUACACACUGAAGAGAAACCUUUUCCCUGCACGGUGUGUGGUAAAAAAUUCUCCCAAGCAAGUGAGUUAAAAAGACACACAAAAAUACACACUGGAGAGAAACCUUUUCCUUGCGUGGUGUGUAGUAAGAGAUUCUCCCGGCAGUCACAUUUGAAAAGACACACAAAAAUACACAGUGGAGAAAAACCUUUUAAUUGCACAGUGUGUGGUAAAAGAUUCUCUCAAACAAGUCAGUUAAAAAGACACUCAAAAACACACACUGGAGAGAAACCUUUUCCUUGCAUUGUGUGUAGUAAGAGAUUCUCUCGGCGGUCACAUUUGAAAAGACACACAAGAAUACACACUGGAGAAAAACCUUUUCCUUGCACGGUGUGUGGUAAAAGAUUCUCUCAAACAAGGGGGUAUAAGGCGAAGCGAGUUUAGUGGUUUAGCAAGGUGUGUUGAGUGGAAAGCCGGGUAUGCCUGUUCAACGAAUGGAGCUGUGUUUUAAAGCAGGGUUUAUCACCGUGGUAACUUAGGCUAAACUCAUAACCUGGUCCUGAUCAGUUUAUGUAUCCAGACUUUCAGCUUAAAAUCACCUAUGAAAGUGCCACUUUUUCGCUGUUUAACUGAUUUGGAGAUGGUGUCAUUAUUUAUUGAGAAUCCGGUGGACCUGCGAGGAAGAAGCUCUCAAGCAGCACUGUGAUGACAAGAUUUUCAGCCGAAGAAAUAUGCAAGAUAUGCUCACUUUUUGAGCCACGCGUCAGGAAUAAAAUGCAUUGUGAAAUAUUAAUUUGGCCAACGUUAGCAGAUGUGUAUGGCACAUCAUUCCUUGUGUGAGUACUCAGUCAGUCUGUUGGUCUUUUUAUAUUACAAUAUUUGCUGGAGGAAUAGUCAAUCAGAGGCAUCAAUCAACUGCAGUGAAACCCUUCUUUAUUUUAACAAACAGGAAAAAGUUGCCACAAUGGAAAAGUCGCCACAGAGCACAACACUGCUACCUAGUGUUCACCACGAGGUACAGCAUUUCUCAUGAGCACACUGAUGCAACUCAUCAGUCGACCUAGUACGUAUUUGUCGCAGAUAAUGAGUAUAAUUAAUGAUUUCGCUUUGAUAUGGCCAAGAAUAAACAGAUCUGUGUUUUACGUAUCGGGCAAUGUAAGGCUGGGUGAUAUUGACCAAAACUCAUCCCGAUAUAUUUAGGUUGAACGUCGAUAUACAGAUAUUAUCAAGUCAAAGCCAAAUAUGCGUGCAAAGUUGUUUUAUCAAAAUGUUAAAAAUCUGUUCUAAAAAUAGCGGCUAAAAUAAAAUAGUCCAUUCUCUUUUUGAAAUAAAUGUUGCAAAAGUAAAAUAUAAUCUUCAAAAUUGUUUAUAACAAACCUUUAGUUAUGCUGAAAUCCUCAGCUAAUACCAAAAGAACAAUACACUAAAUCCCCUACUAACGAACAUCCGACGUGCGCACAUUCUGAGAUACGAACACAAGCCGACUGGUCUAUAUUUUCAUGUAUUUUGCCUCAUAAGCCCAUAUUUAUGCGGCUACAUGUUUAAAAAGCAAGCUACAUGCUUGACCAGCAGAGGGCACUGUGACACUGCUAAUGGGGCCAACAGCGGGAGGAUAGAAGGGGGAGGAGAGAGAAAGCUACAUUUUAGCUCUCUGAUACAACCCGGCCAGUGCGUGUGAUUAAAGUUUAUGAAGCGUUAAUAGGCCUGCUUAAUUCCACAACACCCACAGAACACUACCUCUUUUAGAAGAGUCUAACGACGAGCUUUUAGGUAAACAUUUUUUAAAAGACAAGCAUGUCCUUAUUCCUUAACCAUUAUGUGCCAGGAACACCAACCUGUCAAUUGCAUCAGGCUUACCAACUGUCUGUCUGACUUCCUUGUACAUUCGUGAUGGAGCUUCUCAUGCUAAAUAAUUGUGACUGUGAAGCUCGUUGGACAUCGCAAGUCCAUUGUUUUCAGCAGGUUUUCAAAUAUGUUUUUUUCCACCGUUGGAAUGGCGACCAUAUCUUUAGCAAUAUAAUAGGACGCCGUUUUAGUAAUAGCACACCACUUGGCACUUUUCCUUUCAUUAGUAAUCCAACAGGAAAAAGAAGCAAGCAAUGAGCUUUGUGUUGUGGCAGGAGUUUAGUGAAGUAGUUUCAGCCUGCAGCUUCACACACUCGUACUGCAGUUUUUGCCAAGUUUAAAGGUGGCGAAAAAGAUUGUAGUGCUUCCGCACUUGACAGUCUCUUUUUCCAAGUGCCUCCAAAUUACUGAGCAACUGUUUUUUUCUUUUCUGACCCGUUCCUCCACCGCAGACGUCACUUCCUUCAUGUCUAUUGAGUGGGGAGUGAUGAGUGAGACCUCUGCGUCAAGAGUUACAGCGCAAAUCCAGUCUAUAUUGCUAUGAACUAUCUGCUUGUUUUUUAUAUCAUGCUUAAAAGAAAUAUUGAUAUAUGAAUAAUAUUGAUAUAUCGCCCACCCCUAGGACCAUGUGAGUCACGAGCUGUCAAAAAAGUCUUUAUUGUCAUUGUGCAGAGACAGUAGAUUUGCGUGUUCAUCCCAACACAGUAAAAAACAACAACAAAAAACAUUAAUAGCCUGCGCACACUCAGCCUCGCUUUCAAUAAAACACACACACAGUAAAAUAUGAAAACAACAUAGACGUCAUUCAAAAAUGAAAAGGCAGUUGUUUUCUUCCCUCGCUGUAUUGGCGGCGACAGUGUUGCUUUUUGGCAUUGAUAAUCUUUUUGAACUCCUCAUAAUGCUUCAUAAUAAUUACUUUCUCAUCUUGUGUAAAAUACACCGUCUGGGAUCGCUUCGUUUUUGCACGGAAGUAGAAUAAUAUGACAUCAAACACCCCCUUUUAUGUGAACGCGCACUGAGCACAAAGCCGAGAACCAGGCUUGGCAAAAUGAAGUUGAUAACCACCGUCGUGGUACCGUUUAAUUGUGUUUGGGGAAUUUAGGUUUUGUUGAGCUGCAUCUUGAGUGCAAAGCCUGGUUUUGCUGAGCCACUUUUGCAGGAUAUCUCCAAGUGAGUUAAAAAGACACACAAAAACACACACUGGAGAGACAGCUUUGCCCAGCAUGCUGUGUGGUAAAAGAUUCUCUCAGCGGUCACAUUUGAAAGAAGACACAAGAGUACACACUACAGAGAAACCUUUUCUUUGCACGGUGUGUGGUUAAAAAAAAAAUUAAAAAAAAAUCUGUCAAACAAGUGAUUUAAAAAUGCACACAAGGCACUGGAGAGAAAACAUUUUCUUGCACGGGGUGUGGUAAAAGUUUCUCUCAAAAACUUGCUUUAAACGUACACGCAAGCACACACACUGGAGAGAAACCUUUUCCUUGCACGGUUCGUGGGUAAAAGAUUCAAUUAAAAAGUGAUUUAAAAAACACAAAAGAGUACACACCGGAGAGAAACUACUUCUUUGCACGCCGUGUGCUAAAAGUUUCUCUCAGAACACACACCAGAGGAAAAAAAGCUUUUCUUGUUCCAACAUGUGGCCAGUCAUUCACAAAUUGUGCACACUUGACUGAACACAUAAGAAUCCACACUGGGGACUAACUUGAAAACUUUUUUUGAAUGGACGCAUCCCGCUAGAUUUCAAAGAACACAGUAAGAGAAGUAUGAAUAUGCAAGACAGUGUUACCCUUGAAAAAAAUAAAGUUGUGCAAAGGAACGACUUCUAAUGUUGCUAACUGACGUGAUGAAAGGUUUGCAGUGUUUGUUUCAUUUGCAGUUCUGAGAAUCAAAACAAGACAGAAGACUCCAGUUUUAGGGAGAAGGGGGCUCCGCCUGUUUGUUGAGUCACAAUUAAAUUGGGUUCCCAACAGCAACAAUGACGUGGAUUACCAGAACUUUCUCCUUAUUUGGAGUUUAGGCCUCCGUCUUUGUCCUUGCAGCCGGGCUUUUUGGGACGCGUAAGGGACACUUACUAAUGAAAGAAUGUGAGAAACGUAUUGUGUUAGCCACUCUCGUACAACCAUCAGGUCAAGUAUCAUUUCAACCUGGCCGUCUCUUAAAUCGAGUUGGGGGGUGGGGAUCAUGAUAUAUGUGUUUAUUUUGACUAAAUGG